AUGCCCUCCAUCCUUGUUACCCGCAACGUCGGCCCCGCAGCCAUGGCCAAGCUCGAGGCCUCGGGCUUUGACCUCAUCGUCAACCCCGUCGACGCCGAGCCCACCCGCGCCUGGGUCCUCGAGAACAUUGCCAACCCCGAUGUCAUUUCCGUCUGCCUCAUGCACGGCCAGGGCAGCGACAAGGUCGACGAGGAGUUCCUGAACGCCUGCAACCCCAACUUGAAGACUGUUAGCACCUUCUCGGUCGGCUUUGACCACAUCGACGUCAAGGGUGCCAACGCCCGCGGUAUCAAGAUUGGCCACACCCCCGGUGUGCUCUCCGACUCGGUGGCCGACAUUACCACCAUGCUCGUGCUCAUGACUAUGCGUCGUGUCCAGGAGGGUAUCGACCUUAUCAAGAGCGGUGGCCCAACGGCUCCGCUCCUCACCCCUUGUGCACGCUCCAUACCUCUUGCUAACGCACUCCAGUGGCCCAAGCUCCCCUGGGCCCCCUUCGUCAUGUGCGGCCCCAACAUCGGCCACCCCAACCUCACCAUUGGCUUCUUGGGCUUUGGCCGCAUCUCCGAGGUCGUCGUCGACCGCCUCCUCGCGUUCACCUCCAAGACCGCCCCGCCUACCAUCCUGUACAACUCGUCGCGUGCCCGCGACAACCAGGCGCAGCUCGACGCCGACUUCUCCAAGCGCUGGGGCACGACCGUGCGUCGCGCCGAGGUCGACGAGGUGGCCGAGAAGAGCGACGUCGUGAUUGUCCUGUGCUCGCUCAACCCCUCGACCACCGACCUUGUCAACGCUGCGUUCCUCAAGAAGAUGAAGAAGUCGGCCAUCCUCGUCAACGCCGCUCGCGGCCCCAUCGUCAACAGCGAGGACCUCAACGCCGCCCUCGACGCCGGCGAGAUCUACGGUGCGGGCCUGGACGUCAUCACUGGCGAGCCCCACGUCGCUCCCGACCACCCCCUCGUCCUCAACUCGCGCUGUGUCGUCAUCCCCCACAUGGGAUCCGCCGACAUGGACACCAGGGCCGCCAUGGGCGACCUCUGCGUCAGCAACGCCAUUGCCGGCGCCAAGGGCGAGGCGCUGGUGGCCGAGGUCAAGGUCUAA